AAUAAAGCGUUCAAGAUGGUUUCCACUUCAGUGAGCAACACAGGAAACAGCAAGUUGGUCCCAUUUCCUGGCAUACUGAAGGGGGCAGCCGCACCUCUGUAAAGUGCUUUGUAAAUUUCAUGAUCAUUUCUGCUUCCACUGUCAUUCCCUAGCUGUUAUCUCAACAGUGCCCCCAAAUGUUGCUACAAUUCAACAGAUAACUAUGCGGAAGUUUGGCUUUAAGCUGCCUGAAAUCAUUUCCAUUAGCUCUUUAGAUAAAGCUGCAUUUGAUAUUCUUCCUUAACCCCUCGCAGUCUGCCCCUCAGCAGCAUUACUUGGCACAGGAGCCCCGCCUUUGAAAUUAAACCUAAGCAUUCUUAGACUGCUAGGCUGCCCUCCUCAGAACGCACCACUCUGUCUUGUGGCUCCUCCGACAAACUGGAGCCUAGGAUGAUCAGAAAAUGAAACCAAGAUGGACCAGCGGAUUGAUGAGGACCGGAGGCACCUGGAAAGGAGAGCCGCUUCCACCUGCUGUACUGUCUGCGGUUCCUACUUCUUGCUGUUCAAGUGACCCAGUGAAAACCUGAGGGAGAUAAGAGAGCAGACGGACUGCCAGCCUUACCCCCCACCCUUGCCUACAAACACAUCAACUUUCCACUUCCAGUGACCUGCUCUCCAGGGUGACUUGUCAGCUGUUCGGGUUUUGUCUCUAAAAGAAAACAAAUCGUGGAAUGUACUGCUCUACAUGCUAAUAAAAUGGCUGAGGCAGCUCAGGGGUUAUGAGGUUGGCGAUUUAGGAGCAUAAUGAUCGUUUCUGACCUCCUGGCACACAGCGGUAUUUAUCAGGAGGUGCAUGUGACUGGUUAAGACACAGAGCCCCAGCUUGAAGGAAACAGCUGCUUGCCCAGUGCUCUGGCUCUUGGCAGCUGAACAGAAAGGGUGCUGAUGUGAGGAAUACCGACCAACCACCCCAGCUCCGAACCCUCCUCCCAGGUGCCUUGCCCUGUGGGAAGUGUUAUAUGAAGCUGAUGGACCGCAAAGCACAGUGCCCGUCCCGCUUCCCUGGCUGACGGCAUCUGACCAAGGUUCUCCAAAGUACUUACUCUUGGAGUUGGGUAAACCAGUUCAGCAGACUACGUCCCCAGUGCAUUUUCUAAUGAUGAUAACUGCCCUUGGAACUCUUUCAGACCUGGAUAUCUGUCUGUAUGAGACCGAUAGAGUCUUGAAACUUUAGGACCACCCCUAAGCACAAACACCACCAGCUUGCAUGAUUAUGGAGAUGGUCUGCAUGAAGUUGAAAAGGCCCCUAGUUUUUUGACAACGGUUAAAAAACCAUGGGGUCAAGUGGACUUGGGAAAGCGGCAACGUUAGAUGAGCUGCUGAGCACUUGCAUUGAAAUGUUUGAUGACAAUGGAGAGCUGAAUAAUAGUUAUUUGCCAAGAAUCGUUCUACUGAUGCACCGAUGGUAUUUAUCUUCCACUGAAUUGGCAGGAAAACUUCUCUGCAUGUACCGAAAUGCCAGUGGGGAAAGCUGUGAUGAAUUUCGAUUAAAGAUCUGCUACUUCAUGAGGUACUGGAUUCUGAAGUUUCCUGCAGAGUUUAAUUUGGACCUUGGUUUGAUCCAUAUGACUGAGGAAUUCCGGGAAGUAGCUAGUCAACUGGGAUACGAGAAACACGUCAGCCUCAUUGACAUAUCCAGCAUCCCUUCCUAUGACUGGAUGAGAAGAGUCACACAGAGGAAAAAAGUAUCCAAGAAGGGAAAAGCCUGUCUGCUGUUUGACCAUCUGGAGCCCAUUGAAUUGGCCGAGCACCUCACUUUUCUGGAGCAUAAAUCGUUCAGAAGGAUCUCAUUCACUGAUUACCAAAGCUAUGUCAUCCAUGGCUGCCUGGAGAAUAACCCAACCUUGGAGAGAUCUAUUGCUUUAUUUAAUGGAAUCUCUAAGUGGGUCCAGUUGAUGGUUCUUAGCAAACCAACCCCUCAGCAAAGGGCAGAAGUCAUCACAAAGUUUAUCAAUGUUGCCAAGAAGCUCCUUCAGCUCAAAAAUUUUAACACCCUGAUGGCUGUGGUGGGAGGCCUUAGUCAUAGUUCCAUUUCCCGGCUCAAAGAGACCCAUUCUCAUCUUUCUUCAGAAGUUACCAAGAACUGGAAUGAAAUGACGGAGCUGGUCUCCUCCAACGGCAAUUACUGUAAUUACCGCAAGGCCUUUGCCGACUGCGAUGGCUUCAAAAUCCCAAUCCUUGGCGUCCACUUGAAAGACUUGAUAGCUGUCCAUGUCAUUUUCCCAGACUGGACGGAGGAGAACAAAGUGAACAUUGUGAAAAUGCAUCAGCUCUCCGUUACCCUGAGUGAACUGGUCUCCCUGCAGAAUGCCUCUCACCACUUAGAACCCAACCUGGAUUUGAUCAACUUGCUCACGCUUUCUCUGGACCUCUAUCACACAGAAGAUGAUAUUUACAAACUGUCACUGGUGCUGGAGCCUAGAAAUUCUAAAUCGCAGCCUACCUCCCCUACGACACCCACCAAGCCCAUGGUGCCUCUGGAGUGGGCCUCAGGAGUGCUGCCGAAGCCAGACCCAACGGUCAUCAACAAGCACAUAAGGAAGUUAGUUGAGUCUGUGUUUAGAAACUAUGACCAUGACCAUGAUGGGUACAUCUCCCAAGAGGACUUUGAAAGUAUAGCUGCCAAUUUUCCCUUCUUGGAUUCCUUUUGUGUGCUGGACAAAGAUCAGGAUGGACUCAUUAGUAAAGACGAAAUGAUGGCUUACUUCCUGAGAGCUAAGUCCCAACUACACUGUAAAAUGGGACCUGGAUUUGUCCAUAAUUUUCAGGAGAUGACCUAUCUCAAGCCAACCUUCUGUGAACACUGUGCAGGAUUUCUCUGGGGCAUAAUCAAGCAAGGCUACAAAUGCAAAGACUGUGGAGCCAAUUGUCACAAGCAGUGCAAAGACCUCCUGGUUUUGGCCUGCAGGAGAUUUGCCCGGGCGACCUCCGUGGGCAGCAGUCAUGGGUCACUGCCUGGAAGUCCCUCAUUGCCCCCAGUGCAGGAUGAGGUGUUUGAGUUCCCUGGCGUUGCUGCUGGACACCGAGACCUGGACAGCAGAGCCAUCACACUGGUCACAGGCUCCUCUCGCAAGAUCUCCGUGCGGUUGCAGCGGGCCACCACCAGCCAGGCCACCCAGACCGAACCUGUGUGGUCAGAAGCUGGCUGGGGAGACUCAGGGUCCCACACCUUCCCCAAAAUGAAAUCCAAGUUCCAUGACAAAGCAACAAAGGACAAAGGCUUUGCCAAGUGGGAAAAUGAGAAGCCCAGGGUACAGGCUGGUGUGGAUGUUGUUGACCGAGGCACUGCAUUUGAACUGGACCAGGAGGAAGCAGACAUGGGUGAGACUAGACAGGACGGUGAGGACGGCUGACUUCAGGCUGAGGACCUUGAAGGCGAUCGUGUUGGCAUUUGGAAAGAGCAAGAUGAGAAACUCUGAAGAACCCUCCAGCUCUCAGGAAGUUAUCUGAAAAGAUAGCUGGACAUUUUACUGCCUUGUGACACUGUGGGAUCUCUCUGAUUAAACUGUGGGACAGAGGAUUUACCCUAUGAACUAUUUAUUUCCUCCUCCCCUGCCCCUAGUUAGGUGCCCCAAAGAGUGUGUUAUGUAGUUGGUAGUUUUCUCUAUCUUUCUCUAGAGCCACUUAUAUACGGGUGAAAUGAAAUCUUCUGUACAUGUACCUGAUAUUCAUUUUCUAAACUCAUACUUUGCUUUUUCCGUGAGAAUGUUAUUUUAGUAUUUUUAUAAAUGUUUGAGGGGGGCGUUUAAUGAGGAGUCAAAUGAAGGGUCUUUUUGUGUGGUUUUAGGACUGGACCAGGACUUAACAUUUUCUUGAGGGAUAAGAAGGCUCUUCGGGUCAUGGAAUGUAAUGGUUCUUCUAAUGAUGGUCUGUUUCAAGGAGAAGCUGUUUGCAUUGUUCUGACUGUAACAUUGCUAUUAUGAUGUGUAACGAGUCACACUUUUAUAGCCAUAUGUCUUACCAAUUCUGUAUCACAGGGAAGCUAUGACAUAGCCAAUAAAACUCUCCUAAUAUUCUUAAUUGCCAUAGCGGAAGAUUAACUCAAUACUUGUCCUGAGUAGGUUUAUCCAUCUUGCAUAGGACUGCUAUUAAGAAAUGUGAAUAGCAAUUAAAAGGCUAAUUCAAGUUUUGGGGAAUAAAAUUUAGGAGAAAAACAAACCAUCCCUCAAACCACUUACUGAAAUGCAAAAUAAUUAGCAAUUUUUAAAAACUCUCUUUCUUUUUUGUUUUGCUUUUUUUUUUUUUUUUUUUUUUUUUUUUUUUGCUUUUUUAGAGCCUCACCUGUGGCAUAUGGAAGUUCCCAGGCCAGGGACUGAAUCUGAGCUACAGCUUCGAACUCUGCCACAGCUGCAGUGAUGCUGGAUCCUUUAAGGGACCGCUCAGUGCCAGGGAUGGAAACUGUGCCUCAGUCAGAUUCUUAACCCACUGUGCCACAGUAGGAACUCCAGAAAUGCCUUUCUUCUCAUUUUCCAUUAGGUAACUGAAGAUAGUUCCACUCAGAAAGUACUUGUUGAGGACCUCUCUGGGAGAUGCAGAGGAGCCACACACAGUCUCUGCCCUCAGGACCUGACAGCAUUAAGGGCAUUAAGCUGUGGGCAUUAAAGCAAGAGGAUUCCUUAAAAUACAGAUUUGCUAGAACUGACUUGGUUGGGCCAAAAAGAUUCAGAGAUCAAUUUGUAGAGAUACCGCAAUUUUGUGUGUGUGUGUGGCUUUUUCAAGCCUCACUUGCAGCAUAUGGAAGUUCCCAGGAGAGGGGUCAAGUCAGAGCUGCAGCUGCCAGCCUACAUCACAGCCACAGCGAUGCAGGAUCCAAGCUGAGUCUGUGACCUACACCACAGCUCACUGCAACACGAAACCCUUAACCCACUGAGGGAGACCAGGGAUGGAAUCCCGUAUCCUUGUGGACACUAGUCAGGUUGGUUACCGCUGAGCCACAGUGGGAACUCUGAGAUACUGCAAAUUAAAUGAAGUUAUUAGUUGAGGGAAUUGUGAUUACACAAGAAAAUAUAAGAACUCACCAUUUGCAACACAUCCUCAGUGUUGGUUCUAUGUAUAUAUAUUCUCUAUUCCUAUUCAUAAAUACAAAGAAAUACAUGUUAACAAAAUUAAAAACAAAAUGGCAGUUUAAGUACAAGAAAUCUCUCAUGUGUAUAUGUGUUUUUUUGUUAUUGUCAAUGAAUGUUAAGGUUAUUUUUUUUCUUCUCAAAGAUGUUACUUCACUGCCACUUAGAGUUAUUUUUUGAGUUUUUCACAUGUAAAAAAGUUGUAUAUUAGCAGCCUUCUUGUGACAGAUACCAGAUGAACCAUAAGUAAAAAACAAAUAUAAACAACAACAACAAAAAUAACAAAACCUCCAAACAUAUAUGUGUGUGUGUAUGCAUAUAAACUGUUUUGGGUAUAUGUGUGGAGAUAAUGUUUAUUUGUAUACACAGGCAUCCAUACACACACACUACUAGUAUUACUUUGCUGAAGAGUCUGUAAUGACGCUGCUUUAUAAUUUUGAUUAUAUCAUUUACUUAUAACCAAUGGUGACUCUGAUGUUCCAAUAUAUCAAUUUUCCAUAAUCAGUAAAAUAAAUAAAUUCGGCAAACCCAUGGUGGAGCAAAAAAGAAAGACCCUGGCUGGUUCCUGCAGACCUUCCUUUUGUAAAUUCGAUGAUUACUGUUGAGGCCAAAACAAGACCAGACUCUUUAACCAUGAAUAAGAUACCAGGAGAGGAAAUAUUAGAUGCUACAAUUGAGUCUUCACUGAAGGAUGUACAAAUUGGAUUGAUGCUUUUUUGAAAUCUACCCAAGCAAGAGGGUGACCCUACUUGGUGUCUGAAUACUUUAUGUUGAGUGUUUGUUUCCUGAAGCCAUAAUGUCCCCGGAUUUCCUUGGUAACAACAGAGCCUCUCCAAAAGUCAGAGGGGUCUGUUUGCUAUUUAUCAGUGAAGACAGGACUCCUACAGAAAGAAGUACCAAAUUAUUAUUGAUGGUAAGAAGCUUAAGCAUCCUAAGAGAAACAUCUUGAUUCUUUAUUGAGGAAGAAAAUUUAGUCAAAUGAGAUUCCCACAACACACCUUUGGUAUGCAAGCCACAGCCAGAUUGAAAUCCUACCUCUGCCAGCUGUAGUCAUGAGAUCCUGGGCCAAUCAUGUACAUCUAUCUGGGCCUCAGUUUUCAUAUUUGAAAAGAGAUUUUACCACCUUCCUCAACUACCUCAUAGGAUUGGUGUAAUGACCAAGUUGAAUGAUGUAUGCAAAAGUAAUUUGUAAAGAUCUUAUGAGUUAAUAUUACCUUACAGUUAAGAAGGGUUCUUCUCUCAAAGUGUCUUCAAGAUCACAGACUACAUGUUUACAUGCCUGUGUUCUUUGGCAGCUCUAAACCCAACAUUUAACUAAAUUUUGUGUCAAAGUAAAAUUAAACAAAGAAAUA